AUGCCAUCGACGAUUAUUACAGGCCUUGUGACCAAGGCGGGCCUUAUGGCCAAGACGGUCACGAUGACCGUGGAGAAAGUGAAGAUGCAUCCCAAACUACUCAAGACGUAUGUGCGGCACAAAAAGUACCUUGUCCACGAUCCAGAGAAUAAGCUAUCGGUUGGGGAGCGUAUUCGCGCGCAAGCGUGUCGGCCACUUUCUGCGCGGAAGCGCUUUGUUUUGCUCGAGUCGCUUGGGUUCAGGGGCGAUGCGCAAGGCAGCCACAGUGCCGAAGCCGAGGAGCUCCGCCGGCUGAAGACGGAGGCUUCCAUGCCUGCAGCCGAGCGCGAGCGCGCCCGCAUUGAACAGCUCGUAAAGGCCGAAGCGCGUGCUCGCAAGUAG